AUGAAGAAGAUGCCGAGGGCCACGAGGAGGACGGCGGCGACAGCGGCGACAGGUUUACGACCGAGAAAACGGCCAAGCCCAGCAAAGGCAUCCGACUGCAAGGUGAAGAGCUUGGCUCCGACGCGCUUCAUGGUGGCGGUGCGGCAAUGUGGCGGCCUGUCACACUGGGGUCUGCCCGUUGACGAGGGCAGCCGCACGGGGGUACCAACCGAGCGGGAGAAAGACGGCCCAGGCGUGCCACUCAUCAACCGUCGUGGCGACCUUUCAGACUCUUCCAAGGUCGUACCGCGCUCCCUGCGCGUCACCAAGAAGCCCGCCCACAGCUAUUUGCUCUUGGCAGUGCCGUUGGAUACACCAGAAGAUGCCCUUCUUCUGCAAAAGCUCCAACGCUUUAUUCAGACGGCAAGAGCCACCACCCGCACCAUCCUCAUCCUGGCCGACCGUUGGAGCGACGAACAUGCGGCUGUCCCGGCCGUUAACAAUCAGUACGACGGUCAAGAUGCAGGCAGGCCACACGCACAAACCUUCCACAAUCCACCGACCCUGCUCCACUUUACACAGCUCACGUCGGUAUCGGCCAUGCCUUCGCCCAGCCCUCGACAGUCACUAGCUCUGCCCUCCAGACGCAUUCUCGCUGUGCGGAGGACGUCGCUCUACCUCAUCUGCCUUUGCCUCAUCCUCCUGGCCCAAUAG